UCAUGGAGGGGUCUAAAACGUUUAUUUUAGCUGUAUCUCCACUGUGAGAGACAUUAAAAAAAAAAACAUUUUCAUAGGCGCUCAAAUACUUAUUUGCAGCAGUACCAUACAAUUAAAUGAUUAUCCAUAAAUGAUUGUGGUUUCCGGAUUUUUUUUUCUUUUUUUUAGAGAGAAUGCAAUUUGGUUUUGUAUUGAAAAUAACCUGUACAAAUAAUAUUUUGAGUAACAAAAUCCCCAAAUCUGGGUACAGUUGGUACAUCCUACUUUUAAAUACAAAACCCCAAAACAUCGUGCUGAUUCGAAAUAAAACAAACAAACAUCUGUUGCCGAUCAAUUGUACCAAAUUGAAAACGUUUUACUUUUACUUUUUUUUUUAAUUCCCGCAUAAUCCUCGGACUCCGCGCCGCAUUUUCGUCCAUGCCUGAGCUUCGCCUUCCCUCCCACAGAGUGAACAUGGCGGCGUCCAGUAACGCAGAUACAUCACCAGAACUAUCGAGGCCGUUAAAAAUACCCAAGACCGAGGUGCCAUCCCCAGAGUCGGAGGAUUUGAGCGACAGCAACCAAUACCACUCCGGACCCUCCACACCCAACCGCUUCUCGCCUCUGAACGUGAGCUCCGGCGCCUGUGGUCGGACGGCUCCGUCGUCCUCCAACAACUACACGGCUUGUCGCGGGAUGUCGUGGACUCCUUCGGAAACAAACGCCCUCAUCGCAGUUUGGGGGAACGAGAGGCUGACGGAGGCCAAGAUGCAGCAGUUGGAAGUCGCUGGCACUAUGUUCACUGGGAAGGCCCCAGGCCCAGCCAUGUACGAGCGAGUCUCCAGAGCCUUGUCGGACUUGGGCUAUGAGAGGACCCCGUCUCAGUGCCGGGAGAGGAUGAAGACACUUCGGAGGUGCUACAGUCGUGUUAAGGAGCAUGGCAUUGGCAAGAGGAAGAGCAGCUACACUAUUGAGCAGCUGGAAAAGGAGAUGGAGUCUGAUGGCAGCACCUUGGAAGACUUCUCUCAGGAGGAUUGGUGCAACCAGGUGCUAGAUUCAGCUUUCCAGGAGGGAGACACGGACACUGAAGAAAUACAGAUGCCGAAAAGCAAAGCUCUUCAGGUUCAAGCAGAGCUUUCAGAGCAAAUCCAAAAAAAGGACAUGACGCAGACGCUGAUACGUAUCUUGGAGUCGGUGCAGCUCAAAUGGGAACACUUUCAGACUUGGACCGAGUUUUCACGCCUGCACCUCUCUAACAAGCUGGCCGUCUUCGGCAUUGGCUAUAACACUCGUUGGCGAGAAGAUGUGCGUUACUAUUAUGCCGAGAUAAGUUCACAGGUACCGCUGGGAAAGAGGCUUCGUGAAUACUUCAAUCCAGAGAAGCCUGAGGGCAAAAUCGUUCUGACCAAAGUUCAAAAGAUGAACUGGAAGAAUGUCUACUACAAGUUCCUGGACAUUACCAUCAGUGAAGCACGUUGCCUGGAGCUGCACAUGGAGGUGGACUGGCUCCCAGUGUCAUUAUCAAGGGAAGCAGGGUGUAGCAUGUCCACAUCCCACUACCUUCUACCUGGGGAUAUACCCAAGACAUACGGACUCUACGCCAUUGGUUAUGAGGUGGCGUCAUCAGGUCGGACCUCUCCCCAAAGUGAUAUCCAAAACUGUAGCUUACCUCAAUGCGAGUCAGCAAAUUGGGCACAAAGUGGAGAAGGAGCAGGGGAUGGUGACAGCACCCGGACGAAUGUCACUUACUGUUACCUUGGCAUUGCGGAAGAUAGGACCAUUCAACAGUGUCUUUUACAGAAUUUUCAGAGUUCUGCAAAACACUACUACUUCCAAAGUGAGCCCUCCUCGGUGACUCACUUUCUGCAAGAUAAUUGCCGCAGCAGUGUCUUCAAUGAUCCUGUGGGAGGCAGAGACUUAGCUAGGUGUUUACCCAUUUACAUAAAAUUCAUCGAGGUGGAUCUCGACUUCCUGUCUGCAGGUUCCUUAGUGGAGUGCUUGGAAACUGCAAUUGGUUAUUCUUUGAAGUAUAACAGCAAUGGACCAAUUUAAUUGCCACAUGUGAGGAAUUGGGCCUGAUAAUGGAAAAAAAAUCAAUAAUACUGUAUGUUUAUAUGUUUUGUCAAUGAAAAUGUAAACAGUUAAUAUAACUGUAUAACUCUUAUUUAUUUCACAUUUUCAAAUUUACAUAAAGGGCGUGCUGCCACCUAAAUGAAUAUGGGGGGGGUUUAGUCAGGUGGCUGGCUACUCAAGUAAGAAUUGGGCUACCUCACUAGAAUUAGAGGACCAAAACAGAACUCAGAUGUAGGAAAACCAUCGUUAUCAAGAUAAAGGAACUGUGGAACCAUAUAGAACAUGCGUUCUUGCAACGACGAGUUGGGUGCAGGAAUUCUUGGGUGCACAGGUGUCAAACUCUGGCCCAUGGGCCAAAUUUGUCCCACGGUGUAAUUAUUUUUGGCCCACGAGGCAAUUCAAAAUUAAUAUUACAGCUGGCCCGCUGGUACUACAUGUAUUACACACCAUUGUUUGGUUUCAUAUUAAAAGGUUCAUUUGUUCAA